CAAAAGUAUCAAGCUAUCCUCGCAAGUUCUGCCCACUUUUGCUUCUUAUUUCUUCCUUUAGAAAAACUCUUAUUACAAUAAUGGGAUUCCGCUUUGCUAGCUUAGUUCAUGCCAAGCAACUCAUUCAGAGGCCUUUUUCAAGCACUAAAGAUAUUCCUAAAGGCUUUUUAGCAGUUUACGUUGGAGAUGAGAGCAGAAUGAAGAGAUUUGUGAUCCCUGUGGCAUACUUGAACCAGCCUUCAUUCCAAGACUUUCUAAGUCAAGCUGAAGAAGAAUUUGGAUUUGAUCAUCCAAUGGGAGCUCUUACAAUUCCCUGCACAGAAGAUGCCUUCAUUGAUCUUAUUUCUCGCUUAAGCUUCUAAUCUUAUGAGCUUAGAUACCAAUAGAUGAUAACAGCUAACGAUAUUCAUUGUUACAGUUUUUUAGGCAGACAAUGCCAUAUACCUUGUAAAUAUUUUUCCUUGGAAUCAACAGAGAGUUGUCCCCAAGAUUGAUACAAGUGAAUAUUAUUGGAAAGUUAAUUUCAUGACUUUUAUUUGA